GCACCCAAGAUAUACUCUAUAAAGCCAGGCGGGCGCACGUACGCUUUACGCAGCAGAUUUAGAACAACUCCCUUCCUUCUCCUGUUUCAGAGCGGCGACCGGGCGGCGACCGGGCCUGCUGGUGUCCUGGUUUUGCUCCCUCCGUUUCCCCCCCCAUCCCCUGGGGAAGACUUGUGUCUACGGAAAUUACAGGUGAGUCAUUGAAAGAAAAGUUAGAAAACAUUAACUAGAAGAACCCUGGUAAGUUUCUCAGCUUAAAGGAUACCAUGGCAGAGGAUAAACUCUAUACAACAGAUGGGACAGUGGAUAUCCAUAAUAAACCUGCCAAUAAGAAGAAAACAGGAAACUGGAAGGCAUGUCCCUUUAUCCUCGGAAAUGAAUGUUGUGAAAGGUUGGCAUACUAUGGUAUGAGUACCAAUCUGGUGAACUAUCUUCAGAAACGUCUCAACCAGGGCAAUGUCACUGCAUCGAACAAUGUCACAAAUUGGUCAGGAACCUGUUACAUCACACCUUUGAUUGGAGCUUUUCUUGCUGAUGCUUACUUGGGAAGAUACUGGACAAUUGCCAGUUUCUCAGUCAUUUAUUGUUUGGGAAUGACACUCUUGACACUUUCUGCUUCUGUGAAUGGACUAAAGCCAUCAUGUGAUAAUGGUGUUUGCCACCCAACGGCAGCAGAAACUGCAGUUUUCUUUACAGCUCUUUACCUAAUUGCUCUUGGAACUGGUGGAAUCAAGCCAUGUGUCUCAUCCUUUGGUGCAGAUCAAUUUGAUGAAACUGAUGAGUCCGAGAGAGAAAAGAAGAGCUCAUUCUUCAAUUGGUUUUACCUUUCUAUCAAUGUGGGUGCCCUUAUUGCUUCCUCUGUAUUGGUCUGGAUACAGAUGAAUGUGGGAUGGGGGUGGGGUUUUGGAGUCCCUGCUGUUGCUAUGGCCAUUGCAGUUGUUAGUUUCUUUUCAGGUAGCCGAUUGUACCGAAUUCAAAAACCUGGUGGGAGUCCCCUGACACGAAUUUUCCAGGUUGUGGUUGCGUCUGUGAGGAAAAUUCAUAUAAAAAUUCCUGCUGACAAGUCUCUACUUUAUGAGACUCCUGAUGAGGAAUCCAACAUCAUAGGAAGUCGUAAGCUCCAACAUUCAGAUGAAUUAAGAUUCUUUGACAAGGCUGCCGUGGAGAGUCAGGAUGACCACAUCAAGGGCUCAACAAACCCGUGGAGUCUUUGCACGGUUACGCAAGUUGAGGAACUCAAGUCCAUCAUCCGAUUGCUCCCAGUUUGGGCAUCUGGAAUAAUCUUCGCCACUGUAUACAGUCAAAUGAGCACUAUGUUUGUGCUACAAGGCAACACUAUGGACCAACACAUGGGCCCACACUUUGAGAUUCCAUCAGCAUCUCUCUCCCUCUUCGACACCCUCAGCGUAAUCUUCUGGGCGCCUGUAUAUGAUCAAAUUAUCGUGCCAUUUGCAAGGAAGUUCACUGGGCAUGAACGAGGUUUCACACAGCUCCAACGAAUGGGGAUUGGCCUAGUGAUUUCCUUCUUGUCCAUGGUUACUGCAGGGACGUUGGAGGUAGUUCGACUUGGCAUUGUGAGGAGGAAUAACUACUAUGAUCUUAAGUACCUUCCUAUGUCAAUCUUCUGGCAAGUCCCGCAGUAUUUUCUGAUUGGCUGUGCGGAGGUUUUCACCUUCAUCGGGCAGCUUGAGUUUUUCUAUGACCAGGCCCCCGAUGCGAUGCGAAGCUUGUGCUCGGCCCUCUCUCUGACUACUGUUGCUUUGGGGAAUUACUUGAGCACCCUGCUUGUUACAAUUGUCAGCAAAGUGACUACAAGGCACGGGCGUCUCGGAUGGAUUCCUGAUAACUUGAACAGGGGCCAUCUUGACUAUUUCUAUUGGCUCUUGGCCAUUCUCAGUGUCCUGAACUUCUUUUUGUAUCUCUGGAUUGCAAAUCGUUACACCUACAAGAAGGCUGCAGGGCGUGCUCAUUGACUUCAGGGCCAGGGACGGGGAGUGAAAAGUGUGUAUUCAACAAAUCACUGUUUCAGUUUAAUGUUUUUUUUUUUUUUAUAUAUAUAUAAAUUUUGUUUAAAGAAUGGUAUUCAAUUAUAAUGCCAGUCAGAUUAUGGGUUUAGUA